GAUGAGGCCGAGCUCCGCGGCGGAGUGAUUUGCGCGACGACAAAGAGAUGAGAUGUUGUUAGCAGCAGGGAGAUCCCAUUACAGAGGACGCAUGUUGUAACAUGGUUGAAACAAAAGCGUAAGCGGCGACAUACCUACCAUCCAAAACAAUCGACACACGUCCUAAAGUCCACUGUGGUUAAUCGCAGUAACUUUUAGUGGAUUUGUAGGCUGAUCGCGUGGGAAAUGGAGAAGAAAAGGUGGGAUUGCACUGCUCUCCCCAAGGGCUGGAAAAUGGAAGAAGUGACCAGAAAGUCGGGUUUGUCCGCUGGAAAAAGCGAUGUCUAUUAUUUUAGUCCAUCUGGGAAGAAGUUUCGGAGCAAGCCUCAGCUGGCCCGUUACCUUGGUAACCAGAUGGACCUCAGCUCCUUCGAUUUCCGCACGGGGAAGAUGCUGAUGAGCAAGCUGAACAAGAACCGCCAGAGACUGCGAUAUGACAACAACAAUCAGAACAAGGGCAAACCUGAUCUGAACACAUCACUGCCGGUCAGACAGACGGCCUCCAUCUUCAAACAGCCAGUUACCAAGGUUACCAACCAUCCAAACAACAAAGUGAAGACAGAUCCUCAGAAAGCCGUCGACCAGCCCAGACAGCUGUUUUGGGAAAAGAAACUCAGUGGUCUCAAUGCGUAUGACAUUGCAGAAGAGCUGGUGAAAACCAUGGAGCUCCCCAAAGGCCUGCAAGGUGUUGGUCCCGGCUGCACAGACAAGACUCUCCUGUCGGCUAUAGCGAGCGCUCUCCACACCAGCGCGGCUCCCAUUACUGGGCAGCUGUCGGCAGCUGUGGAGAAGAACCCGGGAGUGUGGCUCAACACGACGCAGCCGCUGUGCAAAGCCUUCAUAGUCACGGAUGAGGACAUCAGGAAACAGGAGGAGCUGGUGUACAGCGUGAGGAAAAGGCUGGAGGAGGCGCUGAUGGCUGACAUGUUGGCCCACGUGGAGGAGGCUGCCAACGACGGGGAGGCUCUGAAGGAAGAGGGCAACGGCAGCGAGGACAUGGAGAGCGUAUAGCACAGGGUUUUUGUGAAGCCUGGAUGGGUUUGAUUUUAACACACACACACACACACACACACACACACACACACACACACACACACACACACACACACACACACACACACACACACACACCCAUGACAAGUAGGAGCCCUGCAUCAGUCCGGCCCUGCAGACCUCUUCCCCCAUCAGCGUCUGUCCAGCCCAAACCUGGACACCAGCGCACCCUGACCACCCGGAUCACGUCUUCACCUCCUCCAGCCAGCCUCUCAUCUGAUGUGUCCAUUCGCCAUCAACUCAUGGCUGCGCUCUGCUUCAGCGCCACCUAAAUGACUGGUGUCGCUUCGGAAACCUUGUUGGUUUUUAAUAAUUUAAAACAAAACAUGAACUGGACCCGCUGUUGAUGAAUGAAAGUAUUUGCCACGUGUCAAAUUCAGUAUACAAGUGUAGUUUCUACCAACAUGCGGUGAAUGAGCCGUGAAUUUGUACUUUUAGAGACAAUCUGGUCAAAAUCAAACAUUCAAUAUCGGUACUGAUGUGGUUGUUUUGGGUUUCUCGGAUUGGAAAUGAAUGUUUUGUAAUUUUUUGGCAUGUUGUCAUUUUUUUUAACCUGAUGAACUCCUUGUCUGAAACAAAACAAGAGCCAAACUUGUGUUUUCUAGUGGAAUCAUGAUGGUGCAGUGUGAAGCUUCCACUGAGGGGGGGCAGAGGCAGCCUGCAGGUCAUAUCGUGGACACGAUGUCAUUCGUGUCAGCUGUGUUUUACCUGUCAAUCACGUCCAGAUUGAUUGAACAGAGACGUGCUAUUUUAAAGAGGGUGCUGCUUUGUGUUUUACCGUAAGUGAUUACAUCGUCUCUGCUGUUCCACGACGAAACAUCAGGAACACUUGACUUGAACUGUCUUUAGAUCGUAGAAUAAUUGUGUUUUUAUUUUUUACACUCGGCUUCAUUCUAGGUGCGUACAGAUGUUGUGAAACACUGAUGUUUGGUGCCAAGACUUUGUUUCUGUCGAGUCUUCAGUCCUCUUUGUUCACUUCGUUAGUGUUACCACACACAUACUGCCUCCUCAUAAAACCCACGCACAGAAUUCGGUGGCGCGGCAGAAGAAGCGCUCUCAGAUAUCGUCUGAGGAUGUUUUUUGUAUUUUUAUCCCUGUGUGUUGAGGUUUGAUGCUAAAUAAUGUAUCAAGUUGAAAUCCUUAAAUCCCCUAUGCGGUAUCAGCAGGCUGAUUGCUGAAAUACAUUUGAUUGUAUUAUUAAAUGAGUCAUUAUGUCACUAA